UGCUGUAAUAUUAAUUUAUCAUCAGACAAAACAUUGGUAUAGUUAUUCAUGUUUGAUUCUGUUGCCAGCUUCUGUUGCAGUCAUAUAAUUUUGACAAUAAUAUUCUUUUGAUCACAAAAUUCCGGAGAGCCUGAGUGAGUACGAGUAAUCUGCCACAUGGAAGUGAAGAUAUUGUAGGCUUCCAUAAGCAGUAUCAUGGACGAUGCUUUCGAUCAUGCCAUUGAGGCUAACGCCACAAUGGUCAACCUGACCAGCAGAUUAACGGCCGUACUGGAUACCACCGGCAACGAGACAUCGCCCGACGUAGCCAUAUGGUUCGAUCAUGCGCCCCGAGCGUUUCCACGGGGCGCUGCGCCAUGUGGUCCUGUUCUACAUCAUCUCCUAUCCACUUCUGUUGACGAUGUGCACGGUGGGCAAUGGGCUCAAUUUAUUCCUGCUGAUCCAUCCGAAAACCAAGAAGAACACCACCAACUGCUACAUGACCGCCAUGGCCAUUGCCGAUAUUGUUUUUUCAUGGCAGGCAGUUCUCAAGUACAAUGCACUGGCCAGCCAAGUGUUAAAGCAUCCAUACGACGAAUCCGCCAGUAAAACCAUCUAUCCGUACAUGGUUUUCGCGAAGCACUGGAGCAUGAUUUUCUGUGAUUGGGUCCUGGUGGCCUUUUCAGUCGAGCGUUUCCUCGCCGUCAUUAUACCACUGCGAGUCAAAUGGCUUCUGCGACCUAUAACAGCGCGCAUCAUAAUAGUCGCGCUGGCUAUCAUAUCCGGCGCUUUCGCCGCCGAACGCUUUACCAUGGAGUAUCUGCGCAACUUCUCUACGGGUUUUCCCGAGUGGAUAAUACGCUGGAACGAAGUGGAAAACAUAUCUGGGUUGAUUGUCGUCUUCGCCAAUUUUUCCAUUCUGCUACUAUUGGAUACCCUGUUGAUAAUAGCCAUUAGGCGACAGGAACGCUCGGAAAUCGGUCGUAUGCGAGCCGGUUGUAACCGUUAUCAUAACAGUAACAUGAUCGUGCUGGCCGAUGUUGGAUUGUAUCUAUUCUCGUCGUUUCCAACGGUGAUACUGAAUUGUUUGAUGGAGGCCGACUUCUACGGCGUUUACGACUUUGAUCCAACAUCGCGUUUGGUAGCCGAUCGUAUAUGCAGCAUCUUACACCAGUGUAACUAUUCGCUGGAUUUCUACCUGUACCUCAUCGUGAGCAACAAGUACAGGAAAGACUUUGCGCGGGUGUUCGGUCCGAUUUGUUGCACGCCAUGGGCAAGAAAGCACUGGGAUGACCUUAAAAAAAAGUUUACCAGGUGUCGUUUAGCCUGCUGUCAUGGGCAGGAAGAACACGAUGGACUCUCCGCGACCACCUCGCAGAGCAGCCGCAGCAGCAGCGAGUAUGGCGAAACCUGGCACUCGCAGAAGCCGAUAGCGGACAAACGAAGCAUGUCCACUGUCAUGACGACAUUCGCUAUUGAUAGUCCUACACCGAGAAAAAAUAAAGAAAUCAGCAAGAAAAUUAUAGCAUCAAAAGACCAGACACCGAGGUAUCCAUGACAGCACAGUCUGCACCGUUCCAGGAUACGAAAGCUUUGAGGAUUCUGGAUUUGUGAAUUGUGAUGUCGGUGACUAUACUGUGAAGUGUGAACUCGCACAUUUCUAGCGAAAUAUGUUUUUCAAGAUUAUUAUCGUUA